UAGUGAGCACAGUAGUGUUCCUCUAAGUUGCUACAGGCGGCACAUGUGGAGAGUCAACAACUGCAGUCCACACAGUGGCAGAUCUUUUCAGACGCUCUUUCAAACGUUAAGCCCAAUUGAUGAGCACUUUUAUUCAUUUCAUCUGUCGAGCUAAUGCUGCCCGAGGUGGCAAGUUUGACCACUUCUUCAAGAGACUCGUGCGGAAGAAAAGGAACCUUCACCCAAAGACCAACCUGUUGAGCAUGUGCCCGGCAUAGCCAAAGGACUACACAAGGGGCCCCUCUCCCGCGUUCUCCACCCCUCGAUUCCUUGUACAUAAGUAUGGUAGAUAAAGGUCCCCUCUUAACUUCGGCAAUAAUCUUCUACUUGUCCAUUGGUGCAGCAAUAUUUCAAGUCCUCGAAGAGCCUAAUUGGAAACUCGCUGCAGAAGAAUAUAAGGUCGAAAAAGGAAAAAUACUCCUAGCCUACCCCUGUCUGUCAGAAGAUGAUUUGGACAAAAUACUCAAGGUGGUGGCCGACGCCUCAAGCCAAGGAGUCACCAUCACCGGCAGAAAGACCUUCAACAAUUGGAACUGGCCCAACGCAGUCAUAUUCGCGGCAACCGUCAUCACCACAAUCGGUUAUGGAAACAUGGCCCCCAAAACCCCGGCGGGCCGGAUGUUUUGCAUCUUCUACGGGCUGUUCGGUGUGCCGUUGUGUCUGAGCUGGAUCAGUGAGCUGGGGAAGUUCUUUGGUGGCCGGGCCAAGCACCUGGGCCAGUACCUGACCAAGAAAGGUCUUUCCCUGAGAAAGGCCCAGUUCGCCUGCACAGCCAUUUUUGUUCUUUGGGGCGUCCUGUUUCACCUCGUCCUCCCACCGUUUGUGUUCAAGUCCCAGGAGGGAUGGACAUAUGUGGAAGGCUUGUACUUCUCAUUCAUCACUUUGACCACAAUCGGAUUUGGAGACCUAGUAGCAGGUGUGGACCCAAACACGGAUUACCCCACACUGUACCGCUACUUCGUGGAGGUGUGGAUUUACCUGGGCCUGGCGUGGCUCUCGCUGUUCUUCAACUGGAAGGUGCGGAUGGUGGUGGAAGCCCACAAGGCCUUGAAGAAACGCCGCAAGCGCCGCAAGCUGUCGGUGGACGAGCUGCGCCACACCAAGGAGGCCCAUAAGGCCUCCCUGCGGCUGACACCCACGCCCAGCGACGUCAACAUCUUCAGCUUCCUGUCCAAGAAGCAGGAGGGCUACAACGACCUGAUCAAGCAGAUCGGCGCCAAGAAGGACCGGGGCCUGAACGGCAACGCCUGUGGCCCCCCCAAGGACGGCGGCGGCGGUGGCGGCGGCAGCGGCGAGGGGGUCUCGAAAGACAUGAGCCGCUCCAAGAGCUGCAACGACGCCAUGUCGUACAACGGCCACCCCAUCCUCAGCCUGGAGCAGUCGCCGCGGCAGAAGCGGCGCUACAGCUUCAGCGACCGCGUGGGGGUGGCCUUCUCCAAGUCCAAGAGCUACCUGCUGGGCUCGGACAGCGGGCUGCUGCUGACGGACGACCUGGCGGAGGCGGAGGCGGAGCAGGACCGCAUGUACGAGAACCAGCUGGACAAGGAGGUGGACCUGGAGCACGGCGGACUGCUGGGGGGCGGCGGCGGGGCGGGCGGCUCCAGGAGGUGGGACUCUAAGGAGUACCAGCCGCUCACCUUCCAGAACGCCAACAUCACGUUCAUCGACGAGGAGAACUUGUUGAACAAUAACCUGGAGGGGAGGGGGGGGGAGGGGGAGGGGGACGACCACGACGCAGAGGAUUAUGACGACGACGAGGGGGAAGGGGGCACCUCGAAGGCCAAGUCGUCCGUCACCACGUGCGACGAGAACGUUUGCGAGUCGGAGACGGAUUCCAAGGAGGAGCAGAGCUCCGAGUUGGAAGGAUCGGUGUUCACCAGCGACGGGUCCGAUCACAACCACUCCUAUGAGGAGCUGGUGGAAGAAUAUGCAAAGGAGGAUAACAUGGACCUUUGACAAACAGCCAUUUCAGCGGUCCCAUAUUUUCUAUUCUUCGGUUGAAUUUAAAGAAAGAAGGACAAUUUCACCAUGUUUUUGUUUCAUAUUAAUAUUAAUAUGCAGAAUGACCACAUUGUAUCAUCUUAGAAACUUGAUUAUGUUGUGCUAUUUUCCAAACAAUGUUUUGAAAGACCAGGGCCCAGUUCCUGCCCUGGCAAUGAAUCAGUCUGGAUGAGCACUAACAUUGCGGUUAUUUAUUUCAUUUUUAGUUUUAACAAAUUCAUGGCACCAUUGCAAUAUUUCUUGUUUUUAUAUUGGUAAAUUACAGGAAAGGCAAACUUUUCUGCUGCUUUUAUUGGAUUGCCAUUGGUGUGUCUUGAUUUCUAUUCACCAUAUUGGUGCAUUGCUAUUUAUUAAAAUGAAGGAUUAGUCUAUUAUUCAUGGCCAUCAUGGCUUGUAUAUCUCUGACAUUGCACAAUUCAACCGAAUGAUGCGGGCCGUUUAAAGUCCAUUUCGGUUGAGAUUAUCUUUCUAAAACCUGAGCCACAAAAUGUCUUCAAAUGAAGGGCUAAGGGAGCCAUAAUUCUUUUUUUCUUAUUUAUAGCUGGGUUUUGCCCAAAACAAAUCCCUGCUUUUCUUACGAAAGUAGUUUUCAGAGGCAAGAAUGUUUCGGUGUAGAUUUGAGUUGUACAGUUGAUCAAAAUGUACAUGCAAAGUGUUUGACGCAAGCUGCCUUGUUUGUUGUUGUGACUCCACUACCGUGAAUGGUUAUUUCAGAGCCACAACGUACCCCAGUAUAAAAAAUGCGAUCCAGUAUAGAAACUGUAACCCCUUGUCAUUGAAACCUCCAUGGUAAACUCCAGCAAACUCCAGUCUGUUAUUUUUGGUAGAUGGUAAAAAAUCGCUUGACUUUUUUUCAACUAAUCUGUAUUUGCCAUGGCUGCGUACCUGUUUGCGGACCCUCCAUCAUGGGGACACAUUUAAAAUGGUUGCAGCCCCUGGCACCAGCAGCAACACCCGUUGACUGUUUGCCAUGUCAAUAUUGUCUGUAUCGGGAGCCUGCUGCUGCUGUACUGGAGACAAGGCAUUGGUGCUCCUUGUUGGUUUUGGGGAGGCCCGACAUGAUUGAUCUAAACGCAUCAUGUUUUGGCUAUACCAGGGUCACCUGCAGCCGAUCGAUCCUCUUGACGUCAGGGCACCCGGCGGUAUCAUGGUGGCUCUCGGUUGCGUGGUCUUUUUACUCUCCUGAGCCAAUAAAGGAGAACUGGGUCAGGAACUGUGUCAACUCAAAAAACGAGUUUGCCCUCGGCCUCCUGCCCCUAAAAAGACCACAUACUUCAAACAGUGUUACUCCUCAAAGAAGUUUGGCAGGGCUGUGCUAUUGUUCCCAGGCCUUCGUAGGAUUCACCCCCAGUCUCGAAUGUACGUGGCAAUCAAUGUAAUGCAUAUGCUGAACUGAACUGAACUGAAGUGUAGUGUUGAUUAUACAGAUGGGGUAUGUGCAAACGUAUUGGUCCGUCUUAAUUUUCUACAAAUGAAUUGUGCUUGUUAUGGAAAAUGUUUUUAUUUGUGAUGUUUGUCCAUUGUGUUUAACCAACUCCACGUAUUGUCCUUUUUUAUGACUAAAUUAUUCAUGUUGUAUUUUAUGUAUAUACAAUCCCAGCAAAAUGUAUAUUUUUAAAUAAACUAUAUCAAUACAUAUAA